AAAUGGAGGAAGUUCUGGGGCAUCUUGUACCGGGAAAGCUCCUGCUCCACUGCCCGCCUGGAGCUCUUCGAGGGCUCGGCACCGCCGGCCGCCGAGAAACUAUGGAAAGGCGAGGGCAGCAAGCGCUGGAUCCAGAAGCUGUGCGAGCUCGCCUUCCCGAGGAGCAGGGAGGAGCAGGCAGCAGGCGAGGAUGGCCAACAGAGCUCGCUGGGCACCGACGGCGAGUUCUCCAUGGAGGAAAACUCCCUCUACAGCUCCCGGGGCAAAGCCGGCUUGGAGCAUGCAUUCGAGGUGACGGUGAGGGCCACCGAGUCCUCCGAGCGCUGCCGCCUCUGGGGCCGGUGCAUCCUGCGAGCCGGCGAGGAGGCACUGGAGCUGGGGUUUCCAGACCUUGGAGAUUUGGAGAUCCUCUACAGCUGGCCCUACCACUUCCUGCGGCGCUUCGGGCGGGAUAAGGUGACCUUCUCCUUUGAGGCCGGCCGGCGCUGCACAUCCGGAGAAGGCAACUUUGAGUUUGAGACCAGACAAGGCAACGAGAUCUUCCAGGCGAUCGAGUCGGCCAUCAACGGAAACCCGCCGGUGCCAGGAAAGGGCUGGAGCACCAAGGCAGCCGUCGAAUCCGAGUACGCCGUCCCCUUCGACACCAUCGCCAAGACCUUCGUGGCUGGCAAAUUCAGCAGCUCGGCCCAUCGCCCCAAGGAG